UUUCCUUCUUGGGGGGGACAUGGCGCGACCGCGACCGCGAGCGCGGUUGUACGCUCUCCGCUGCCGCAUCCUCGGCGCCCCACUGCUCCAGCACCCACGCCGCGUGGCGCGUCCGCGGGUGGGCCUCCCCGAAGCUCUCGCGCGAAUCCCCUCCGCGCGGCGCAUCGCCGCGCGCGCCGCGCCACGACGGCCCGAGGCCCACAGCGCGCGCCCGAGCUCAAACGCGGUGGCCGCCACCUCGCGGUGGCUGGGGCCGAACUCGCGCUCCUCUCGGCGGGCCCGCCGGAGCAGGUCCUGCGAGGCGCCGCGGCCCCCGCCGCCGCCCCCGUGGAGGCGGCCCAGGCCAGUCAGCGUAACGGCCACCGCGCGGUGGUCUGGACCCAGCUCGCGCUCCUGGAUCGCGAGGGCGCGCUCCAGCAGGCGCGCUGCCGCGCCGCCGUCACCGAGCGCGCCGCAUGCCCUGCCGAGGUUGGCCAGCGUCGCGGCAACCUCGCAGCGUGGUCGGGCCCGAACUCCGCCUCGCGGAUGGCCAGGGCGCGCUCCAGCAGCUCGCGUGCGCCCGCGGGGUCGCCGAGGUCGCACCUCGCGCUGCCCAAGCACGUGAGGGUGGCGGCCACCACCCGGUGGCGGGGCCCGAACUCCCCUCCUGGAUGGCCAGGGCCCGCUCCUGCAGGCGGCUCUGGCGCUCCGGGUCGCCCAGCGCGCCGUGCGCCACGCCGAGGCUCGUCAGCGUGGCCGCCACCUCGCGGUGGUGCGGUCCGAAGGUCGCCUCGUCGAUGGCGAGCGCGCGCUCCAGCAGCAGGCGCUGCCGCGCGGCGUCCCCCAGCUCUCCGAAGGCGAUGCUUCCGUGGUUCGUGAGGGUGGCAGCGACUACCCGGUGUCGCUCUCCGAACUCCCGCUCCUGGAUCUCGAGCGCCCUGGCCAGCAGGUCGCGCUGGCGGCCAGCGUCGCCGAGGGCGCCGCAGACGUUCCCGAGACUCGACAGCGUGAUCGACACGUUCCUGUGGCCCGCCCCGUACUCCCGCUCGUUGAUGGCCAGCGCCCGCUCCAGCAGAUCCCGGCCCCUGCGAUAGUCCCCGAGCACGGUGCACGCGGUGCCCAGGUUCUGCAGCGUGGCGGCCACCUCGUUCGGUAGCCGUUCCACGGGAGCCUACGUGGCCCCUGGCGCUGUCCGAUCUGGGACUGACUCGGACCAGACUUGGAACAUAGUUGGAACCAAAUCUGGUCCAGAUCCGCCCAUUCACACGGAGGACGAGAAGAGCGAAACGGGGAAGGGGGAACAGGAAGGGCGAGGAAGAGCAGGAACCGGAAGGGCCGUGCGCGGCCCAAAUGCGGUCCAAAUGCAGGAAGAGUCACUUUCAACAUCGCCGCUCCAGGCUCCCACGAACGGCACCAGCAUACUUUCUCUGAGUUCCGCGCGGAGCGCCAAGAGUUCAUGCCGAUGCCGUUGUUUUGUCCCUCGAGUUCUGCAGAGCUGCGGCCACCUCGCGGUGGUCCGGUCCGUGCUCGCGCUCGUCUAAUGAGCGUUGUAUUAUUCGGCGUUUCGACAUUG